UCAGUCGCGUGUACAAAGCGCGCGCGGCUGCGUUCUUUCCGUUGAGUUCCGAAUUUUAUUUCGCGUUCUUUUUUCGAAUUUUUCGCGCGCUCCCAGAGCGGGCGUUCAGAAACUUUAUUUUUCUUUCAGUUGUGGAAGUUUUGAGUACAAACUUUUUUCGCGUUACAAACUGUGUGUUCGAGUUGUGUGAUCUUAAUUGGAUUUUGUGACAUUGUGUGACUAUUAAUGAUAGUUUCUUCUUUAUUUUCAAGUUUGGAUGUCGUAGAUUAAGGUAACACUCCUAAUCUCGUUUAGAAAUUUCGCGGCCGACUCGAAGGUGCAACGGAAAGACGCGAAUUGUCACGAACUUUUCCAAGAAGCCACAAACCCCAUAUCACAUGCAGGCCAAUAGACGUGCAAACGUUGGCUGAUUUUGAAGACUGAACAAAUAUGUACGAAGCCAACUAGGAUGUAACUUUCAACAAACCAGCUCCUUGGUCGGACUUGCCUCGAGUCGCGGUGACCAGAGUCCAGAGAUGACUACUGCGAUGGCAGCCCACCAGGAAUCGAUACACGAAAGACUUCAAGCUGGGCCGGAGGAACCUUUGUAUAUGCACCAUGCAACCGAGUGGAAUACCGACGCUUCUGACCACCAGGAAGAACACAGCACGGACAUGUCGUCAUACUACAACAUGCCAAAAAGAAAUAAGAGAAAGAACUUCAAACCAAGAUGUGCUCCCAACACAACGACCUUCUCUGAUGAAUCAAACGGUGCCAAUUGUGAACUACCCAGUCCUAUAAAUGGAAGGACAACACCCGAACAAGCAGAAGAUGAAACAGAUGAAGGGAAUUACGCUAAAAUAGGUGUAAAGAACUUUAGUUUACUAAAGAGUGGUGCUGUUGACCUGAGUCGAAGAUUAAGUACCGAUUCAAAUGAAAACUUAGACACAAAUUACCAAAACAACUUGUCAGAAGACAAAAAGGUGGACUCCUUUCAGCGUUCCUACAUACACAGCUUACAAAUAAACCAGGACACUGAGAGGGAUCGUACCGUCUUAAAUUUUAGUAAUUUACAAAAUAAAACCUUCUGUGCCAAAAAUCCAUUUGCUAUAUCUCAGUUAAUAAAGACUAACUCUCCGCCUAGAAGAAGGGAUUCAGAUAGUGAUGAUGAAGGAAAAGAGCAAGAUGUCAAUACAAAUGCAAGAUUAGAAAAUCAACAAGUUGUAGAGCCAAAUGAGCCUCAGCAAAACGGUGAUGCUUCAAACGCUACAAAUAGAAUUUUAAGGGACUACGCCAUGAAUACGAUGAAGGAGUUACUAGGAAUCUAUGGUCUGUCGUCGAAUGAAGUUGCUGAUGCUAUAAGUGGCCAAAUAUUAGCACUGCAGGCACUUCAAGUUCCCAAACCAUUUACCGAACUACCUCGAAGUCUAAAACGACGCCACGACUCAGGAGAUGGAACCGAUAGAAGCCUUCGACGAUCUUCAUCAGCAACAGAGGAUGAAGGGUCUACCAAUAUUACUCCACCAAAAACUCCGGACAACUAUAUUAAAUCUACAAUGCAAAGAACAUUAAACAUUAUGAGGCUGUUGAGUAAAGACGAGGAGGGUAGUUCAGACGAUGGGGAGCAGACCCUGGAUCUCAGCGUGACAAAGGAUGCUGAUGGACAGGAACAGUCUACGACCUCAAGUGCAGGCAACAGUGUCUCAGAAUUCGACCAAAACAUGAUGAUGAGGAAGAAUUUGGAGGAUUUGUCCAAUUUACAAAUGCAGAACUUCUUCCAAAAGCAAUCGAUGCUGGACGCAGACGAUUCACAAGAAAGAAAACUGCAAGCUAGUGGUCUGCUGUCAGCCUUGAAUCAUUUGGAUCAGGCCCGCAAGAACUCUAUGCAAACGACCGUGGAUUACUCCAGAUAUGUCAAAAGGUACAGCUCAACCUUAGAAUGUGGUUCUUCGUACUGCAAAGACUUGGGCUACCGGGAGCACUUCCACUGUAUGGAUUGCACUGCCAGGGUCUUCUGCAAGAAAGAAGAGAUGAUUAGACACUUUAAGUGGCACAAGAAACGUGACGAGUCAUUAGCACACGGGUUCAUGCGUUAUUCGCCUCUCGACGACUGCUCAGAGCGUUUCAGCGACUGCCCACACAACCGGAGUCAAACUCACUACCACUGCAUUCAAGAUGGUUGUGAUAAGGUCUAUAUAUCCACAUCAGACGUCCAAAUGCACGCAAAUUACCACCGAAAGGACUCGGCUAUUCUGCAAGAAGGUUUUCAAAGAUUCAGAGCGACUGAAAGCUGUUCAGCGCCGCAUUGUAUCUUCGCUGGCCAAAGAACCACACACUUCCAUUGCAGGAGACCUGGCUGUACAUACACUUUUAAGAACAAAGCUGACAUGGAAAAACACAAAACCUACCACAUCAAGGAUGAAGCUCUCUCCAAGGAUGGUUUCAAGAAGUACAUGAAAAACGAGGCAUGUCCUUACCGCGAUUGCCGGUUCAGUCGCACAUGCAACCACAUUCACUGCAUCAGGCCUCACUGCAACUAUGUCCUGCACUCGAGCAGCCAGAUAUUCACCCACAAGAGAAAGCACGAGAGGAAAGAACAGGAGAUGAGUUUUGGCUUACCACCAUCGGUUAUCCAAAGCGCGCUGAUGCAGCAAGGUGCGGACCUCAGCAUGUACUCUCCUGGCAGCAACAUGCACAUUGAUGACGAUAUGUCCAAUUCUAUGAUGGACGAUUAUUCUCAACCAUUCAACCAAUCCCUAAUCGACGAGGUGUCACGCAAGUAUAUAGAAACCUUCAACGGUGGAAAGGACCCUGAAGACAAAUGCAACAAAUGUAGCGCCUGCAACACGCAUUAUCAUUGCUUGGCUGAUGGAUGCAAAUUGGCUCAUAGUUGCCACAGCACAAUGGUGAAACACGUGAUGGAGCAUGAACAGCAGAACCAAGUGACUGAGGCAUACUUCAUCACUUAUACAAGAAACAAUCCUUGCAGUAACUCCGCCUGCCAGCAUAUAAGGGAUAUCACGCAUUAUCACUGCACUUGGGAAAACUGUGGAGUAGUAAUAUUGUCCUCAGAAGAACAUCCGUUUAGGCGUCUGGAACACCAUCGUCAGCACGCCAUUUUGAGCCCAAUGUCACCGAACUUAGCGGCGAGAUUUGCCCCAAGCUUCACUCCUCAACUUUCAGCGCAGUUACAUCCCAAUAUGGCUGCUCAACUUGGCCAAGUGCCAACUUUACCAAACCUUCCAUCAAAUUUGGCACACUUGGCUCAAAUGGCUCCAAGUCUAUCGUCUCAGUUGACGCCAAACUUGCAAGCUCAACUGAGCCUUGGCCCAAAUCAUGGCAUGGUUCCACAGCAUGUCAACCCUUCGUCUUCUUUGGAUGAAAUGUUUAGCAGAAAGAGGGGAAGACCUCCUAAAAAUCGAGUUGUAGAAGUUUGGACUGAUAACGUAACCCCACAAGCCAUAUUCACGUCAUUCAAGCUUCCAAAAAGCAACCAGCUACCUCCCGUGAUACAAUCACCCGUCAUCACGACUGUGGAAGAAUUUUCUCGUAUCAGAUUCCAACAUUUUGAAGUAUUUACUGUACCGGAUUCCUGCUCACAAUACUAUUCUAACUGUCAAUUACGUUCAACGAGGAUCCAUCUCCAUUGCUUCAACUGUAGCUUCACAAGUGAAACUCAUAUUACUAUGGAAACACACAUGAGGGAAUCCCACGCUGUUAUCCCUCUGCUGGAAGGGUUUGAUUACUUCUCCUCUUUCGACCAAUGUGGUGGGAAGAGUUGCUUCAAAAACCAGUUGAGAUCCCAUUUCCACUGUGCUCAGGGCAAUAAUUGCCCAGCAAUUUUAACCCAAUAUUCAGCAUUGCCAACACAUAAACACGGCAGAGGUACUCCGGUAAUAAAGAGUGAAGAACAGGAGAAAUCUUAUGAUGAAGCCAAAGAUUAUUCGAUUAAAGAAAGAGCUUCGGUUGAUAGUAUCGCGUCUAUGAAAGAGCACAUGGAUUAUGGUCCUACUAAUUUCUCUAUUAAAAAUGAGUUUGAAAGGGAACAGGACAAUGUUUCGGUAGUAAAAGCGACCGGAACGUUUUAUCCAUCGUCUCACCUCCGAAGCAACACAUCUUCUCCAUCACCUAGAAGCAUCUACGAUGCCUCACCUUCAAAGGAACAAAAAAUGAGAGAAUUUGAAAAGAAGCCUUUUGAAGCUCCUAAAAUGCAAGGACCCACUAUCCCACCAUCAUGCCAUGAUCAGGCUUGUCCUUUGAACAAAAAUACUGGUGGUAUGAAUCUGCACUACCAUUGUCCUCAUUGCAGUCAGGCAUAUGUGGACUUGAAGCUUUUGUUCAGCCAUAUGGUAAAGAAGCAUAGCAACUCUAUGGAGCCUGGACCGAUGGGGCUGGCUGCUACUAAGGAAACUCUGGAGAGAGAGUACCCAGAAAUAUCGAUAUUACCUUCGACUGCUACGUCAUCAAAUGCACCAUCCCUCUCACCGUGCCAAAGACCACCAAAUCCAGCGGAACAAGUUCAAGCAGUCCAAAGUCUCCUGCUACAACAGUAUCUGGCAGGCGGUCGUAAAGGUAGCCUCCAAGAGCAACUGAAGAUGCAACAACAAUACACCGCUUCUCUAGCUGGACUUCCGGGACUUGCUCAAGUUGCAUUGUUUUCACAGGGAGGCACUGCAUUCCCGCUAUAUCCAACGAUGAUGUAUCCGCCUGAACUUCUACUAGAACAAAGUCUACUUCAAGGUCACGGUCUUCCACCAGGCUUGGACAAAGAAGCUGAGCUCAUUGCUAAGACCAGACGCACGCACACCCCAAGAGGUCCACACAUGAGGGUGCUUAAAGAUGAACCCAUCCCUGAAGGCUACUUACGAUUCCGGUUCAAUGAAGACUGUGGUUACCAGCAAUGCGGUUACAGGGAACAUCAAACCCACUUCCACUGCACAAGAAAAGAUUGUGGCUACUCUUUCUGUGACAAAACAAGAUUCGUGCAGCAUACAGCGAGACAUGAAAGAUUAGACACAUUAAUGGGUGGAGAUUUUCAACAGUACCGAGCGAACGUUUACUGCCAAAGACCUGAGUGUCCACACGCUUCUACUUUCGGUACAGGUCAAAACAAAGCGUCACAUUUCCACUGCCUGAAGUGCGAGUUCGUUUGCACAGACACCAACAAAGUGGUGGCUCACCGUCGGCAACACCAAAAGCUUGACUCCAUACAAGCUGCUGGCUUCGAUAAAUUUCAACCUAGCAAAGGUUGUGGUUACGAGCCUCAAUGCAUCCACAGCAAGAAACAAACUCACUACCACUGCCUACAAUGUGGCUUUGCCGUCCUCGGUCUCUCCCAAAUGACGUCCCACAAGUACAAACACCAGGAAGCAAACCUUGGACCUUCCACCAGUGCGACCAACUGACCUAUUAUCUACCCGUUCAUAUCUUUGGAUGUGUGUGUCCAUUUUUUUAUAAGAAAAACAUUAUAGUGCUUGGUGCGUAGUGCGAUUGAAUAAAUCCUAGGCCGCUAAUAAAGGUACUAUGAAAUUGAAAAUGAUAUUUUUGUCUUAAUGGGGGUUUAAACAAACUCUUGUAAAUAUUUGCGUAGAUUUCUAUAUUAUAUUUUAUAACUCCAAAAGAUUUAUGGUACUACUAUACUAAUGUUAAAAUCCAACAAAAUUGGACUACUAUACCAUUGUUAACUAUAUUAAACAAAACUGGACACAAAGUCCCCUCCAGCAUACCACGCAAUAAAAUUGUAAAAGUAGUAGUACUCUUGAAGAAAAGUCCCUGGAAAAUUGUGCCUUAGACGCAAAAUAGUUUCUGAGAUUAAAUUUUAAGGUGGUUGGCGAAAUAUGUGCCAAAUUUUAUGAUAUUAACAAUUUGUAUAUUGUUGAUGAUUAUAAAUGACGAAUUAUACUCGAUGCAUGUAUAUAUAAUAUAUACGUUAUUCAUUUCUCAAAUAACUUUUGCAAUGCAUUUUUACAACAUGAUACGAUUUCGUAGCGAAGUGAUUUUAGAAAUGAGUCUAAUAAAUUAAGUGCAUGUCAUAUAAGUGUGUAUCCUAAAUGCUGACCAAUGUAGGUAAUAGUUAAUAUAAAAGUAUUUAUAUUUAUUACUUCCCGUGAAAAAGACAUUUUUACGAAUAGUAUUAUUAAUUUAGGUUUCGUAAAAUUAUAGAGGGCUAUUAAAAUUGGGUUAAGAACGCCAUUUUGUGCCUCGGAGGUGAAUUCGUGACAAUACAACCUGAUUUUGAAAUAGUUUUCAAUUGAAAACAUACGACUAUACUUAAUAACUGCAUUCAAAUUAAAUUUUAAUACAUGAAGUUUCGAUAAGACAAAAAUGUUGUUAUAAAAUGACGCACUAUGUCAGAAGCAUUUAUAAAAUCCUAAGAACAAUUAAAUACAUAUUAAGAUUUUUGAAAACUAUUUCAAACUAUGAUUAGUAAUUACACAAAAAAUAUAUAUUAAUAUAACUAUUGAACGUAUUUAAUAAAAGGAGAAAAGCCGUCAAUUUUAUAAAAUGUAAAUAAGAUAAGAUAUAUAUGAAAAAAGAUAUGUUAAUAAAAUCUUAUUGUUAUACGAUUAUUGGUAUUAAAUUAAAUGUAUAAAAACAAACAAUUGGAUAUUGUACAGAAAACGAGUGCUAACAUUAUGUGAUCCAUGAGGUAGCCAUAAAAUGCCAUAUUAUUUCAUUUUAAUGUUUUAAAAUUAAAUAAAGUUCUGCACUAUCAGAUCAGUAUUAGUUACAGUAAUUUUAUGACCUUUGCAUUCCUUUUUUAUUCCCGGCUACAUGUAUAGUCCAUUCCCGUAUUAGUUAUAGACAACUUUUGACGAACUGUUUCAAAAAUUUGAUGAAUUCUAUAAUUUUAUCGAUGAGUUCUAAAAUAGCAGUUCUCAAAUUCCUAGCUUGUAUCAGUAUUUGUUUUAGUUGUAGACCUUUCCUAUUGUUCCUACGACUCUAUCUCAAUUAUUACGUCUCUAACAGUAUGAACCAGUUUAUUACAUAUUUCAUUAGAGUUAUUUUUAACUUUACGUUAGAAGUUCUUUCGUUUCGUACGAUAAAAAGGCCGUGCCAUAAAUAUUUAGUCAUCGUUUCAAUUUAUUUUGUAUACUUUAAUGUAUUAGUGUGUUCACUCAAUGUAGAAAAAUACAUUUAUUCUCACAAUUACAUUUAUUCUUUUUGUCGUAC